AUGCGUUGAACUUGUUUGCGGUCUGUAGCGUCCCCAGCAUUUUGCUGGGAAACAUCUUUCUGAGGUGAAGAAGAGGAAUAUCGCCAUCGGGACUUCGCUAGAAUCCCCGCUCGAGCUUUCUUCGCUUUCCUUUCGGUGUUGUCGACUAGCUCAUCCGGCGUCCCUUGUCACCGUCUUCUCCACUCGUAGCUCCGUGCAACUGUCAAGAUGCCCCCGCGAGGACGAGGCCGAGGUGGCAGUCGUGGUGGUGGUGGCCACAAGGGACAGCGGCGCCACUUCACCAACCUGGAAGAGCUUGAGAGGGAGAAGGAGAAGGAGGAGAGGAAUCGCCAGUGGAGGGCACAGCGUGGUGAAGGCAAUGACGACGAGAGUGGCUCGGGCAAGAGCAGCAGUAGCAGCUCCGAGGAGGAGAGCUCAAGUGACGAGUCUGGCGAGGAGGGCGGAGGUGGCGAGGAGCAGGCCAAGGCCAAGGGUGUGGAGCACCUGAUUGAGGUGCAGAACCCGAACCGGGUCGAGAAGAAGCCCAAGAAGGUGGCCGAGCUGAACGAGAUAGUGGAAGAGGCACCACAGCUCUCGCGGAGGGAGCGGGAGGAACUGGAGAAGCAGCGUGCCAAGCAGCACUACCAGAUGCAUGCAGCGGGCAAGACUGAGGAGGCCCGGGCUGACCUCGCUCGCCUCGCCCUCAUCCGCAAGCAGCGUGAGGAGCAGGCGCGGAAAAAGGAAGAAGAGCUCAAAGCAUCGCGUAAGCUAGGGGGCACAUCAAGUGGUCAGAAGGCCGAACCCAUCCAAGGGUAUCUGUCCCAAGCUUUGUGGCCAGCAUGA